ACCUUAGGAAUAAAGUUCAGUAGUGGUAGAAACUAAUCAAUAACUCAUAUCACCCCUUCUUUAGUUUUUAAAUGUACUAUAAAUUAUAUCUAUUGCACUCCAAACUAGUAAACUUAACAAUAUGUAGAUCUAUUAAAACAUUAUGGACUUUAAAAUAACUAAUUACUUACCAAGAUUUAAAGAAGAACUACCACCAAUCAAUAGGCCACCUCGUUCAUCUAGUAGUAAAACAAUUAAGAACCUUAAAACUUCAAUUGAACAAACAGAAUUAUUAAAUAAAAUUGAUCCAUUAAUAUUGGUUGCUCAGUAUGAAAGAGAUAUCAACCGAAUAAAAAUGAAUCACAACCAAAUGUUAGAAGAACUUCAUAAAGAAUUAGAAAUAUUAAGGUCCAAGAAUCGAGAUCUUUUAGAUGAAUUGAUUAUAAUGAAUGGUGGAAACUAUUGUUGCAAGCAUUUAGAAAGUUUGCGGUUUGAAAUUUUAAAAUCUAAUGCAAGUGAUAAUCAAAAACAACUAAGUGAUAUAUUAAACAAUGCUAAAAUUCAUCAGAAAUCUACUGAAGACAUUAAAAAUGAUAAAAAUUACAACUACAAAAAAGAACUACCUGAAUUAAUAGCUGUAGGGAACAAGUUCAUAAGUAAAGACAUUGAAAAUAAAUCAAAUUUACUUUUGCAAGAACAAUUAUAUAAAAGCAAUAAACUGAUUGAUAUACUUAGACAAGAAAAUAUUCAACAAAAGGCAGAGCUAACUUCAUUAAAUUCUUUAUUAAAUAAGAGGUUGACAAUUUCUGGUGUUGGAUUGAAUAAUAGCCUGGUCAGUACAAACUCAAAUUCUCACAGAAGAUUUCUAUCUUCAUUAUCUCAUCCUACUAUUUCUUACAUGGAUAUUAUCAGUUCAGAGGAAAAUGCUCGGCCAAUAUCUAGAAAUGAAUAAUUUGUAUAAUAAAUACAUUGUGUUUCCAUGGAUGUAAGAUGUAACAUAUAUUAUGUAUACCAUUAUUGCCAUUAUGUACAAGUAAUAUUUGUAUAGCUUAACACAAUUGAUGGACAUCAUAAUAUUAGAUAAUUUGA